AUGAAAGGGAACCACGCACUACCAAACAAUCACUUCCGCAAGACCUCUUUGAAGAUAAAGGUUCACCACGAUCCCGAAACAAAGCUUAGGAUAAUGGAGGAGAAGAAGCUCCGAAAGGCCAAGUCGAUGUUCCCAAUUCCUUUGAAGAAGCUUAGACCUAUAAUUCGCUGCCCUUCAAUCAAGUACAACCGGAAUGAGAGACUUGGAAGAGGCUUUACGCCUGCUGAAUGUGAGAAGGCUGGGCUUGAUUAUAGGCAUGCCAGACGUCUUGGAAUAGCUGUCGAUCUGAGAAGACGAGACACUAACCAGGAAACCCUUGAAAAGAAUGCUGACCGUAUCAAGACCUACUUAAGUAAGAUCACCAUAUAUGAAAGUGUCAAGGAAGCAAAGGAAAAGGGUGCCAAGCCAUACGCAAAGGAGAUUAUGCCUCUCGUUAAACCCAAGCCUGUUGUUGGAUCUAUUUCAAGGGAGGAGCUUGCUUCUUAUGAAUAA